UACACAUUUUUUAUUCUUGAAAAAUGUAUCCAACCAUAGCUUGGAUUCUGAGAUUACACUGCUGCUUGUUGUUCUUGAUAUUUGCAGAGUCCAGAGUUCCUCAAGAAGAAGUGAAUGUCCUCCAACAAAUUGCCAAAACGAUGGGUGCAACAUAUUUGAGUUUCGAUGCAGAUUUAUGCAGAGUUGAAAAUGUUGGAGUCACAGUUACGCCAACGUGGCAUGAGAAAAUUGUUGGAUGUGAUCAUGAAGACCACAUCACAAAAAUUGUAUUAAAGGGUUUAAAUCUUCCAGGAGUACUCCCACCUGAAUUGGUAAAGCUUCCCUACAUCAAAGAAAUUGAUUUUGCGUUGAAUUAUCUCAGUGGUAGAAUACCAGUUGAGUGGGCUGCAACACAGCUGACUAACAUCUCUGUUACUGUAAACCGGCUGUCAGGGGAAAUCCCAAAGGAGUUGGGAAACAUCAGCAGCCUUUUGUACCUGAAUCUCGAGGCGAACCAGUUUUCAGGCAGUGUUCCUUCUGAACUAGGGAAACUGAUUAACUUGCAAACCCUGAUUUUAUCCUCCAACCAAUUGGUGGGGAAGUUUCCAACUUCAUUUUCCAAACUCGUAAAUUUAACGGAUUUUAGGAUAAAUGACAACAAUUUCAGUGGACAGAUUCCGGAUUUCAUACAGAACUGGAAACAACUUACCAAACUGGAGAUGCAUGCCACCGGACUAGAGGGUCCCAUUCCAACAAACAUAUCUCUUCUGAAUAAAUUAACAGAUUUGAGGAUCAGUGACAUAGGUGGACCAGCUCAGGCAUUUCCUUCACUGAGUGAUAUAAUGGGAUUCCAUAACUUGGUAUUAAGAAACUGCAGCCUUUCUGGAGAGCUUCCUGUAUAUAUUUGGGCGAUGAAGGAUCUGCAAACAUUAGACGUUACCUUCAACAAGUUAGUCGGAGAAAUCCCAAACAAUAUUAGUGCUAGAAGUAUGCUAAAGUUUGUGUUUCUUACUGGCAACAUGCUCAGUGGAGAUAUACCAGACUCAAUUUUGAAGACUGGAAUAAAUGUUGAUCUUUCCUACAAUAAUUUUACAUGGCAAGGACCUGACCAAUAUGCUUGUCAGCAGAAUAUGAAUCUGUAUUUAAACUUGUACAAGAGCUCUGCAGCAGUAAGCCCCUUAAUGAGAAUUCAUCCAUGUAUGAAGGAUUUCACUUGUCGUCGGUAUGGGUGUUCAUUACAUGUUAAUAGUGGCGGAAAUGAUUUUACUGUCAAGGAGAGCGAUGGAGAAGUUCAUUAUGCAGGAGAUGCAAGCGUUGAUGGUGGUUCUGCUAGAUAUUUCAGCAGUAGCACCAAUUAUUGGGGAUUGAGUAGCACUGGGGACUUUAUGGAUGAUAAUAACGACCAAAAUGCACGUUUUAUUGAAAGUACAUCAUCAAAAAGCCUCUCUGAAUUGUACAAUAAUGCACGGAUAUCUCCCCUCUCACUCACUUACUUCCGUUAUUGCUUGAGGAACGGGAGUUACAAUGUCAGCUUGCACUUUGCUGAGAUAAUUUUUACAAAUGACAGCACCUAUAGAAGUCUUGGAAGGCGAGUAUUUGAUAUAUACAUCCAGGAGAAAUUAGUUUGGAAAGACUUCAAUAUUGUGAAUGAGGCUGGUGGAGUUCAAACACCUGUGGUUAGGCAUUUUAACACCAGUGUAACAGAUAAUUUUUUGGAGAUUCGAUUUUACUGGGCUGGCAAAGGAACUAUCAGAAUCCCAUCUAGAGGGAAAUACGGUCCACUAAUAUCUGCAAUCUCACUCAAACCAAUCUCUUCUGGUAUGUCCGAUGUAGGUUUACAUUUUAUAACUGUUUUCUCUCCUUUUUUGGUUAUUGAUUCAAAGGGUCAUUCUAUAUGGCCGAGGAAAUCCAUUUUCGUAAUUUUGGUUGAAUUAACAGACAGAAAUUCUCAGCUUGAAGGAGUGUUGGAUGAGUGCCCACCAUUUGGAUCUUGUUCAGAGGAAGAUAAAAAGAGUGUGACUGUUUAUGUUAUUGUCGGAGUAGUGGUUACAUGCAUUUCCCUGUUGGUAAUGAGCACACUUUGGUGGAAAGGAUAUCUUCAAUGCAAAAAGAAACAGAGAAAAGAUUUAGAGGGCAUGGAGCUGCAGACCAUUUCUUUUACUUUAAAGCAAAUAAAGGCUGCCACUAAUAACUUUGAUGCUUCUAACAAGAUAGGGGAAGGUGGUUUUGGUGCAGUUUUCAAGGGUCGGUUAUCUGAUGGUACGUUAGUUGCAGUGAAGCAGCUCUCGCGUCAAUCAAGACAGGGGAACCGUGAAUUUUUAAAUGAGAUUGGCAUGAUUUCAUGUUUGCAACACCCAAAUCUUGUUAAGCUGCAUGGUUGUUGCAUUGAAGGGACUGAAUUACUGCUCGUAUAUGAAUACUUGGAAAACAAUAGCCUCGCUCGCGCAUUAUUUCAUUCCGAGAAAAGUCAAUUGAUACUUGAUUGGCCGACAAGGUUCAAGAUUUGUGUUGGGAUUGCUAAAGGUUUGGCUUUCCUUCAUGAGGAAUCAAGCCUUAAAAUUGUACACAGAGACAUUAAAGCUACUAAUGUACUGCUAGAUAGAGAUCUAAAUCCCAAAAUUUCGGACUUCGGACUUGCUAAACUUACUGAAGAUGAUAAUACCCAUAUUAGCACUCGAGUUGCUGGAACAAUAGGAUACAUGGCACCAGAGUAUGCACUAUGGGGUUAUUUGACUUACAAAGCAGAUGUCUACAGCUUUGGAAUUGUCCUCCUGGAAAUUGUUAGCGGCAAGCACAACUAUGGCUAUGUGCCUUCCGACAAUUUCAUUUGUCUUUUAGAUUGGGCCUCUCACUUGCUGCAAAAUGGAAAAAUAGAGGAGCUGAUUGAUGAUAAAUUGGGUUCUCAGUUUAGCAAAGCAGAAGCAGAAAGGGUAAUAAAAGUAGCACUAUUAUGCACUAGUGCGACGCCUUCACUCAGGCCUGUAAUGUCUGAGGCUGUAGGCAUGCUUGAAGGAAAAAUUGAUGCCCCUGAUAGUAUCCCAGAAGCAAGUAUGUAUACUGACGAUUUGAGAUUUCAAGCCUUGAAAGAUUUCCAACAAGAGAGGCAAAAUCAAAGUGCGUCAAGUAAUCAAGCUCAGUGUUCAAGCAUCCAAACUGCCUCUGAUCUCUGUGAAUACAACCCCGAAUCAAGAAAAGACCCAGCUUUUAGGCUGAAUCAUUUCUUGGAUAGAAUUUUAGGUGUACAUUUUGUACGUCCAACAGUACUGUAUAUCACUUGGAGGCUGGAGCUUGAAGAAAAAAAAAUGUUGCCACUAAAAAGAGCUGUUCUUUCAUGGAUUCUUGCAGUGAACUGCUUCAUGUUGUUGAGUUUGGGUGACUCAACAAGAGUUGCCCAAGAAGAAGUGGACAUUAUGGAACAAAUCGCCACUACAAUGGGAGCAACACACUGGAAAUUCAAUGGUGAAUUGUGCCAGAUUGAAGCAGUCAGGGUUACAACUGAUCUUCCAAGUUGGUUCGAAACUGAUGUUGUAUGCAACUGCAGUAUAGGAAAUGAUACUGCCUGCCACAUAGUAGCUAUUACUCUUAAGGGUAUAAAUCUUCCUGGCGUUCUUCCACCUGAACUGGUAAAGCUUCCUUACAUUCAAAAAGUUGAUUUUGCAUACAAUUACCUCAGUGGUAGUAUACCAACUGAAUGGGCGUCAACUCAGUUAAAUUGCAUCUCUGUUCUUGUGAACCGGUUGUCAGGGGAAAUACCAAAGGAACUGGGAAACAUUACCAGCCUUACCUAUAUAAACCUUGAAGGAAACCGAUUCUCAGGCAUUAUUCCUGAUGAACUAGGGAAAUUGAUAAACUUAAAGGCGCUGAUAUUGUCCUCCAACCAACUGGAGGGAGAGCUGCCAGUGUCACUCUCUGGACUUGUAAAUUUAGCAGAUUUUAGGAUAAGUGAUAACAAUCUCAGCGGACCAAUUCCAGAUUUUAUAGAGAAAUGGAAACAACUUACAAAAUUAGAGCUGCAUGCUACCGGUUUAGAGGGUCCCAUUCCAUUAAGCAUAUCUCUUCUCAAUAUGUUAACCGAUCUGAGGAUUAGCGACAUAAAAGGACCAAUGCAUGAAUUUCCUCUUCUAAUUAACAUGACAGACCUAGAGAGACUGGUACUGAGAAACUGCAACCUUUCGGGAGUACUUCCAGGAUAUAUUUGGAAACUGAAAACCAUACAAACAUUGGAUGUUAGUUUCAAUAAGCUCAUUGGAACGAUUCCAGAUGACAUUAGUGCAAGAAGUAUGCUUAAAUUUGUGUUUUUAUCUGGUAACAUGCUCAGUGGAGAUAUACCUGCCUCAAUCUUGAAGAACGGAAUAAAUGUUGAUCUUUCCUACAAUAACUUUACUUGGCAAGGCCCUCAACAACCAGCUUGUCGGCAAAACACGAAUUAUUACAUAAACCUGUACAGGAGCUCUGCAGUUGCAGGGACUCUUAAGAACGUUCUUCCGUGUACAGAGGAUUUAACUUGUCCAAGAUAUGGGUGUUCCUUGCAUGUGAAUUGUGGAGGAAAUGAUGUUGCUAUUACAGAAAACAACAGGCAUAUUGAUUUUGACGGAGAUGCUCAUGUUGAAGGUGGUUCUGCAAGAAAUUUCCGCAGUGAUAAGUACUGGGGAUUUAGUAGCACCGGAGACUUCAUGGAUGAUGAUAAUGAUCAGAAUACACGUUUUAUUGAGACUAUACCAUCAACUGACCUGUCUGAACUGUAUAGUAGAGCAAGGGUUUCUCCACUUUCACUUACUUAUUUCCAUUAUUGCUUGGAGAAUGGGAGUUACAAUGUUAGUCUGCACUUUGCUGAGAUAAUAUUUAAAAACGACAGUACAUAUAACAGUCUCGGAAGGCGCAUCUUUGAUAUAUAUAUCCAGGAGAAACUAGUUUGGAAAGACUUUAAUAUUGAAGAGGAAGCUCUUGGAGUCCUAAGGCCUGUGAUCAGAUACUUUAAUGCUACUGUAACAGAUAGUGUCUUGGAGAUCCGAUUUUAUUGGGCUGGCAAGGGCACUGCCCGCAUUCCUCUUAGGGGACAUUAUGGUUCACUCAUAUCAGCUAUCUCAGUUGACUCAACUUUCAAGUUCUGUUCAAACAAGGACAGAAAGACCACAAUAAUUUAUGUUAUUGUUGGAGUUUUGGCUACAUGUAUCACUUUUUUCGUACUGAGCAUUCUUUGGUGGAAAGGCUGUCUAUGUAGAAAAAGUAAAAGAAGAGCUCUCAAUGGCGUAGAGCUGCAGAUGGUUUGUUUUACUCUGAAGCAAAUAAAAACUGCCACUAAAAAUUUUGAUGCUUCAAACAAGAUUGGCGAAGGUGGUUUUGGUCCAGUUUACAAGGGUCAAUUACUUGAUGGUACGUUAGUUGCAGUGAAGCAGCUCUCCUCUCAAUCAAAGCAAGGCAACCGUGAAUUCUUGAAUGAGAUUAGCACGAUAUCCUGUUUGCAACACCCCAAUCUAGUUAAGCUUCAUGGGUGCUGUAUUGAAGCAGACCAGUUACUGCUUGUAUAUGAAUACUUAGAUAACAAUAGCCUUGCGAGCGUUUUGUUUGAGAACAGCCGAUUGAAUCUGGAUUGGCCCACAAGGUUUAGGAUCUGUCUCGGAAUAGCAAGAGGUCUAGCUUUUCUACAUGAGGAAUCAAGCCUAAAAAUUGUACAUCGGGACAUCAAAGCUACCAAUGUGCUUCUGGAUGGACAGCUCAAUCCCAAAAUCUCCGACUUUGGACUAGCUAGACUCACUGAAGAUGAGAAGACCCAUAUUAGUACUCGAGUUGCUGGAACAAUAGGAUACAUGGCACCAGAAUAUGCACUCUGGGGUUAUUUGACUGACAAGGCAGAUGUUUACAGCUUUGGAGUUGUACUUUUGGAAACUGUCAGUGGAAAGAACAACAAUAACUACAUGCCGAGCCACACUAGCAUUUGUCUCUUAGAUUGGGCCUGUCAUUUGCAUCUGAGUGGGAGUAUAGAGGAGCUCAUAGAUCAGAGAUUGGGGUCUGAUAUUAAUAAACAAGAAGUGGAAAAAAUAGUAAAAGUGGCACUCUUGUGCACUAGUGCCACUCCCUCACUCAGGCCUAUCAUGUCCGAGGUAGUGUCUAUGCUUGAAGGACGAAUCGCUAUUCCAGAUGAAAUUCCAGAGGCAAGUACUUAUUCCAAUGAUCUGAGGUUUAAAGCCAUGAAAGAUUUUCAUCAAGAGAGGCAAAAUCAGAAGCUAAUUCAAACCCAAACUCAAAACACCAUAACUAUUCGAACUGACAUGGGCUCUUCUUCUGCAUCUACAACUAAUAUGUUCGAUUAAGUUCAGUUUCAAGAUCAAACAGACACGUAAUGUCACUUCAUCCAUGGUAAGCCUGGCUCAUUCUAACUUCUUGUGUUCUCGAGGGUGCUAGACCACCUCCACGUGUAUUUAUACUUGUAAUUAAGCAAUUUGUUCAAUUUUUUUAUAGCAGGCUUGCUGUCUAAUGUAAAUACAUGUUUCAGUUUUGAGGCAAAGGAUGCAACAUUUUUUUCU